AUGUGCGUUUUAAAGUUUUUGUUGUGUUGCGCGAGUCUAUGUGUGUGUCUUUUUUCCAAAAUUCUUUUCUUUUUUUUUUCCCUUUAUUUUUAUCCCCCAUUCCCUCUCCUUUUUGCUUUUGGGGCAAUCACUAUGGACGUUUUCUUCUUUUCUACUCUUCCCUCUUUAAUAUUUUUUUGCUGCACUCUUCCUGUGAGGGGUGCCGUGUGUUUCCCGCCCAACUGCUCCACUCGCACACCCACCGACACGCUCAUGACGACGGCCCUGUGCGCCUCGCCUGCUGCACGCAUGAGGAGGAGCCGUGACGUGUGGGCGUGCGACGAGGGCCUGUGGGGCGGAGCACACAUUUCUUUCCCUCUUGUUUUGUUUUCUUUUUUGCGGCCAGGGCGGGCAGACACCCGCAGCGCCACACACACAGCCACACCCAGCCGCCGUGUUUUUUUUGUUUGUUCAUUUCACGCGCUGGCAGUCCCGUCAGCAUUUCUCUCCCUCCUGAUGAUUUUUUUUCUUUUGCUGCGCUCACUCUCCCGAUGGAGAGACGCGACACCCGUCAUGUCUGCGUGCUUCUCUCAGUCUCCACACACACGAGUGACUGUGCUCUGCGGGCCGCACUCGCACGCCGAUGAGAGGGCUGAGGGGAGCAGCAACACGCAGAUGACCCCAUGA